GCUCAAACUCGAGGUAUAAUUAAUCGUUGGCACGAUUUUUGAGGGUCAAGAAUUUUCUCAAAUUGGAUCUCUACUUCGUGGAACAGGAGUAACCCCCUUGAUGUUGAUCUUGAGCCCUUGUUAGUUAGAAGAGUCAAGACCUAGUACCCAAUCUCUUAGGAAUAUGCGCGUUUAAUAGGACGCAGCAGACAUGUUUAACCCAUCCACAACGAGCUCAAAACACACUCAUAAUGGUAUUGAAAUUCCCAAGUUAAAAGUCUGAAGUUGCUCCAGAAAUUCGCAGUAAAAACAACUUUUUUCCCUCCUAUUUGUCCUCCACCCUCUCGACACCAUGCGGGGCGGCUUCGGCGCCUCCGGGCAGCAGCAGUCGCAAGACUGCGCGUUUGAGGCCGGAAAAGUGAACGGCACGCCGAUCCGCGUGAGUUACUUUCUCGUGAUCAUGUUUGGCUACCAAAUUCUGCAGGCCUUGCAGCAGCGCGCCCCCGUGUGGUGGCUCCCGGUCGCCUACGCCGCCGGAACGCAGCUGAUCCUGCUCGCCACCAUCCUGUGCCACGAGUUCGGCCACGGCACGAUGGCGAAGUACCUCGGGGGCCAGAUUUCGCAGAUCCUGCUCUGGCCGUUCGGCGGCAUCUGCUUCAGCACCCGCCCGGGCAACGUGUACGACGGGCGGACGAAGAUCAAAAACGAGAUGAAGAUCGUGUGCGCGGGUCCGGCCACCCACUUCUUCCAGGCCCCGUUUUGGGUGCUGCUGCUCCAGUUCCAAGCCUUCGCGUACGACCUGGACCUGCUCCCGCUCGGCUUCAAGGACCGGAGCGAGCUGUGGCAGCUCCUGAUCCCCUUCGCGCCCCAACCGCCGGUCCCCUUCGAACAGCUGCCGAACCUGUUCGCGGGCCUGGGGUGGAUGCUGUGCGUGUGGGCGGCCACGACCAACGUGUUUCUGUUUCUCUUCAACGUGCUGUUCCCGAUGUACCCGAUGGACAGCGCGCAGAUGCUGGUCUGUGGGUUGCAGCUCUGCGGCGGCACGGCGCAGACCGCAGCCAAGACGCUGGUGUUCGUCUCGGUGCCGAUGAGUGUGUUGCUGUUGAUCUAUGCGUGGUCGAACCGGAACGCGGGGAUGAUGCCCGCGAUCAGUGGGUACCUGGCCAUCAUGUGCCUAUCAAAUGCAAAAGUGUCUGGGUCUGGAAACUUGUGAUGCUAAAAUGUGCAUGAUGAAAACACUUCCGAAUGCAGUCCGGCAUGACAACUUCCAAAAACGCUUUCUCAUAGGCAAUCCGCAUGAGAAACUGCGUUUUUGCAUGACAAAAGAGGCUGCGACUUCUGUUGGUUAUGCAAUACAGAUUUUCUAGGUAUGGAAAGCUAGCAUUACUUCCAGACCCAGACACUUUUACAAUCCAUAGUGCCUGAUCGAAGCCUAUAACAUCUGGCAGCUGUACGAGAAGCGGCAGUUGCACACGCACCGACUCUUCGAGCUGGCCCGGUCGGGCACGUAUUUUGAUCCCGUGCAGAACGCGCGGAGGAUCAACGUGUCGGGCCUAGACGACGACCUGAACGCAGGCGGAGAUGGCCGAAAUCGCGGCUUCUUGUCGGGCAGAAAUAACAACGAUUACGUCCUGUUUGAAGGACAGGGAACGCGAUUAGGCGGAGAGAAUGACGAUGUGGUGGUGCCCAUAGCCGCACCAACAGGUACGCCCAUGCCAAACCCUUUUCAAGCGCCUGGCAGCGGAGGUGCAGUAAUACAACAACCUGCAGGUGGUGCUCCGUCGCCUGCUGUUGCGCAGCAGCAAGUUGUAAGAACCACUGCAGCGCCAGCACAACAGGAUACUGGGAACCGAGCGGCCGGACUUUUCCCCGCGGUAAUUUCCACACCCGCACCAGGAGCGGCACCCCCCUCCGGCGCCGCUGCUCCGAUGCAACCGCCCACAGUGCAGCGAAUGAGCAACAGCAGAGUUUCGCGAGCUUUUGGUACUUCCGAAGAUAGGAACGCGAACAACGGGGUGAGUCACCCGUCAGACGGGACCUCUCCCCCGGUUCACAAGUCCCCGAGCGGCGAAUUUCUGAUACCCAAUCCGGAAAUAGCAAGGUCGCUGCAACCGUCAUCUUCGGAAGGGCCAAGAACAGUAAAUCUUCAAGACCAACCUCCUACCUCUUCUCCCGCGACCGGGUUAAUACCUCCCACCUCGGCGGACCGGCAAGCGUUUCUGGCGAGGAUGGAGAGGCAGCGCCAGGAGCAAGCGAUGAGUGUGCGGGAGCUGGCUGAGGCGCGUGAUGGAGUUCCAAGCAACAACGCCCCGUCGCCGCCCCGUCGCAAUGUGCAGAACCAAAAGCAGAACAACCGAAAUCCGAGUGGCAGGUGAGAAACUUGCCGGGCUCGGUCUGGUUUGGGAGAUUCCGUUCUUCAGAUAGUAUUCACAAUCUUGAUUAUUCUUCCACUACCCACGCUAGGAAUACAAUAAGAAAGCGAAAAAACCCCCCGGAUGAACCAACAGAGAAAUCCCGACACAAAUGCCCACCCAAAAACGAAUACUCGACAGAAUUCACGAUGCAUUUUUUACACCCGUUGUGUGUCAUCUUGUCAUGAUCCUCAUCGAU